AUGUCUGUCGAGGUCAUCACCACCAUCUCCCCAACCACCAACGAGGCCAUCCUCACCCGCAACGGCGUCUCGCAGGCCGACUUGGAGCUGCUGCCCAAGGUCGCCACCGAGGCUUUCCAGAGCUUCCGCAAGACGACUCUGCGCGAGCGACAGGAUGUCGUCAGGAAGUUUCUCAAGGGCCUCUCGGACCGCCAGGGCGAGCUGGCCGAGGAAUUGACGGUCCAGAUGGGCCGGCCCAUUGCCUUUGCCGCGACCGAGGUGGCCACCGCGGUCAAGCGCGGUGAGUACAUGCUCAAGAUUAGCGACGAGGCCCUCAGGGACACGGACGGAGAGCCUGAAAAGGGUUUCAAGCGCUUCAUUCGCAAGGUGCCCGUCGGUCCUGUCCUCGUCCUGUUUGCGUGGAACUAUCCCUACUUGAUUCUCGUCAACUCCCUCAUCCCCGCCAUCCUGUCUGGCAACACGGUCAUUCUCAAGCCGUCGCCCCAGACCCCCACCGUCGUCGAGCGCGUGGCCGAAAUCUUCUCUGCUGCCGGCUUGCCCGAGGGCGUCCUGCAGUACUUUCACUGCGGCUCACCCACCAUCAUGGAGACGAUUGUGCGGGAUCCCCGGGUCGCCCUCGUGUGCUUUACCGGCUCCGUGGCCGGUGGGCUGGCGGUGCAGAAAGCGGCCGCCGACCGCAUCGUAAACGUCGGGCUGGAGCUGGGCGGCAAGGAUCCGGCCUACGUGAGGGGCGAUGUCGACGUGGCCUGGGCCGCCGAGGAGCUUGUAGACGGUGCCGUCUUCAACUCGGGCCAGAGCUGCUGCUCGGUGGAGCGCGUCUACGUCGAUGACAGCAUCCACGACGCCUUUGUCGAGGCGGUCCAAAAGGUGCUCAAGGACUACAAGCUGGGCGACCCGUUUGACAAGGCCACGCACGUUGGACCCGUCAUUUCCAAGCGUUCCAAGGAGACGAUUGAGGCGCACGUCAAGGACGCCUUGGACAAGGGGGCCAAGGAUGCGACGCCGGAAAAUGAGAGCUUCAACGACGCGCCCGCAAAGGGCAACUUUGUGAAACCCACGCUGCUCACGGGCGUCGAUCACAAGAUGCUUGUCAUGACGCAGGAGACGUUUGGCCCUGUGAUUCCAGUCAUGCGGGUCAAGGGCGAUGACGAGGCAGUCCGGUUGAUGAAUGAUAGCGAAUUUGGACUGACGGCCAGCAUCUGGACCAAGGAUACCGAGCGAGGAUACCGACUGGCCGAGGAGGUCGAGGCAGGGACGGUCUUUGUCAACCGAUGCGACUACCCGAGUCCGGAUCUUGCGUGGACCGGGUACAAGAACUCGGGCAAGGGCCAGACGCUGGGCCGCUUCGGCUUUGAGCAAUUUGUCAAGUCCAAGAGCUUCCACGUCAAGGAGUACACCAAGUAG